UGUACCGCCGCAUUGACACGUUACCAGUUGAUGUGGUUUGACCAGACGUUUCUUUGUUCAGUCUACGACCGACUGUUGGUCGUUAUUUCGGAAAAUGUCGGACGGUGGCGGGGGCGACGAUAGCUCCGGCACCAUGGAGGUGUCUACUGCCGUACAAACGGUUGCUGAUGCCGCGGUGCUGCAGAAGCAUAUUCGUAAACUUGUCCCUCUGCUCCUGGAAGAUGGCGGCGAUGCUCCGGCCUCCUUGGAAACCGCCCUAGAAGAGAAGAGCUCCAUAGAGCAAAUGAGGAAGUUUCUUUCGAACCCCCAAAUUCACACCAUUCUGGUUGAGAGAAGCACACUCAAAGAGGAUGUUGGGGAUGAAGGAGAGGAAGAAAAGGAGUGCAUCUCUUACAACAUCAACAUUGACAUCCACUAUGGGCUUAAGUCCAACAGCCUGGCUUUCAUCAAGAGGACUGGAGUGAUUGAUGCUGACAAGCCCAUAUCGACCCAGGUGCGCGUGUUGACUCUGAGUGAGGAUUCUCCCUACGAGACGCUGCACUCUUUCAUCAGCAAUGCUGUUGCUCCCUUCUUCAAGUCCUACAUCCGUGAAUCUGGGAAGGCAGACAGGGAUGGCGACAAGAUGGCUCCCUCUGUGGAGAAGAAGAUUGCAGAGCUGGAGAUGGGCCUGCUUCAUCUGCAGCAGAACAUCGAAAUCCCAGAGAUCAGCCUUAUCAUCCACCCCAUCAUCCUCAACAUCGCCAAGGCGUGCUACGAACGUGGUGAGAAGCCCAAGGUCACUGACUUUGGCGACAAGGUGGAGGACCCCACCUUCCUCAACCAGCUGCAGUCGGGGGUGAACCGUUGGAUCCGGGAAAUCCAGAAGGUGACCAAGCUGGACCGUGACCCGGCCUCUGGGACGGCCCUGCAGGAGAUCAGUUUCUGGCUGAACCUGGAGCGCGCCCUGAACCGCAUCCAGGAGAAGAGGGAGAGCCCCGAAGUGCUGCUCACUCUGGACAUCCUAAAGCACGGCAAGCGCUUCCACGCCACCGUCAGUUUUGACACUGACACCGGUCUGAAGCAGGCAGUGGAGACUGUCAACGACUACAACCCCCUGAUGAAGGACUUCCCCCUGAACGACCUGCUGUCAGCCACUGAGCUGGAUAAGAUCCGCCAGGCGCUGGUGGCCAUCUUCACCCACCUGAGGAAGAUCCGUAACACCAAGUACCCCAUUCAGCGAGCCCUGCGGCUGGUGGAGGCCAUCUCCCGAGACCUCAGCUCCCAGCUCCUCAAAGUGCUGGGCACCAGGAAGCUCAUGCACGUGGCCUAUGAGGAGUUUGAAAAGGUGAUGGUGGCGUGCUUUGAGGUCUUCCAGACCUGGGAGGAUGAAUAUGAGAAGCUCCAAGUCUUGCUGAGAGACAUUGUGAAGAGGAAGAGGGAGGAAAACCUGAAGAUGGUGUGGCGCCUGAGCCCAGCCCACCGCAAGCUCCAGGCCCGCCUCGACCAUAUGAGGCGCUUCCGCAGGCAGCACGAGCAGCUGAGGGCCGUCAUCGUUCGUGUACUCAGGCCUCAGGUGUCUGCGGUGCCCCAGCACGCCCCAGGCGAGGCGGUGGAGCCCACUGAGAUGAAGGUGGCGGAGGUACUGUUCGACGCUGCUGACGCCAACGCUAUUGAGGAAGUGAACCUGGCCUAUGAGAACGUUAAGGAGGUUGACGGCUUGGAUGUGUCCAAGGAGGGCAUGGAGGCCUGGGAGGCGGCAAUGAAGCGUUACGACGAGCGCAUUGACCGCGUGGAGACCCGCAUCACCGCCCGCCUCCGUGACCAGCUGGGAACGGCCAAGAAUGCCAACGAGAUGUUCCGUAUCUUCUCACGUUUCAACGCGCUGUUCGUGCGCCCCCACAUCCGCGGCGCCAUCCGCGAGUACCAGACGCAGCUCAUCCAGCGCGUCAAAGAUGACAUUGAGUCACUGCACGACAAGUUCAAGGUGCAGUACCCGCAGAGCCAAUCAUGCAAGAUGAGCCACGUGCGUGACCUGCCACCUGUGUCAGGCUCCAUCAUCUGGGCCAAGCAGAUCGACCGGCAGCUGACCGCCUACAUGAAGCGUGUGGAAGACGUGCUGGGCAAAGGCUGGGAGAACCACGUGGAGGGCCUCAAGUUGAAGCAGGAUGGCGACAGCUUCCGCGCCAAGCUCAACACCCAGGAGAUCUUUGACGAUUGGGCACGCAAGGUGCAGCAGCGCAACCUGGGCGUGUCGGGCCGCAUCUUCACCAUUGAGACCAGCCGGGCCCGCGGUCGCACAGGAAACAUGCUGAAGCUCAAGGUCAACUUCUUGCCCGAGAUCAUCACGCUGUCUAAGGAGGUGCGCAACCUCAAGUGGCUGAGCUUCCGUGUGCCGCUUGCCAUCGUCAACAAGGCACACCAGGCCAACCAGCUCUAUCCAUUCGCCAUCUCCCUGAUCGAGAGUGUGCGCACGUACGAGCGCACCUGCGAGAAGGUGGAGGAGCGCAUCUCCAUCUCGCUGCUGGUGGCUGGCCUCAAGAAGGAAGUGCAGGCUCUGGUCACGGAGGGCAUUGCCCUGGUCUGGGAGUCCUACAAACUAGACCCCUACGUCCAGCGCCUGGCCGAGACAGUCUUCAACUUCCAGGAGAAGGUGGACGACCUCCUGCUCAUCGAGGAGAAGAUCGACCUUGAAGUGCGCUCUCUCGAGACCUGCAUGUACGAACACAAGACCUUCACAGAGAUCCUCAACCGAGUGCAGAAAGCUGUGGAUGACCUCAACCUGCACUCCUAUUCUAACUUACCCAUCUGGGUCAACAAGCUGGACAUUGAGAUUGAAAGGAUCCUCGGGGUGCGUCUGCAGGCUGGGCUCAGGGCCUGGACCCAGGUUCUCCGGGGUCAGAUGGAGGACAAGGCUGAUGUGGACAUGGACACAGAGGCCCCUCAAGUCAGCCACAAGCCUGGCGGAGAGCCCAAGAUCAAGAAUGUUGUACAUGAGCUGAGGAUCACCAACCAAGUGAUCUACCUAAACCCGCCCAUUGAAGACUGUCGCUACAAGCUCUACCAGGAGAUGUUUGCCUGGAAGAUGGUCAUCCUCUCUCUGCCCAGGAUCCAGAGCCAGAGAUACCAGGUGGGCGUCCACUAUGAGCUGUCUGAGGAGGAGAAGUUCUACAGGAACGCACUGACAAGAAUGCCAGAUGGCCCAGCUGCCCUGGAGGAGGCUUACAACUCGGUCAAGGACAACGUCAACGAGGUGGAGCAGUACGUCAAGGUGUGGCUGCAGUACCAAUGCCUGUGGGACAUGCAGGCAGAGAACAUCUACAACCGCCUGGGGGAGGAUCUGACCAAGUGGCAGGCCCUGUUGGUCCAGAUCCGCAAAGCCAGGGGGACCUUCGACAACGCUGAAACCAAGAAGGAGUUUGGGCCUGUGGUCAUUGACUAUGGCAAGGUCCAGUCCAAGGUGAACCUGAAGUAUGACUCCUGGCACAAAGAGGUUCUCAGCAGGUUCGGCCAGAUGCUGGGCAACAACAUGCAGGACUUCCACUCCCAGAUCUCCAAGUCCCGCCAAGAGCUGGAGCAGCACUCGGUGGACACCGCCAGCACUUCGGACGCUGUGACCUUCAUCACCUAUGUCCAGACGCUCAAACGCAAGAUCAAGCAGUUUGAGAAGAACGUGGAUCUAUUCCGCAACGGUCAGCGGCUUCUCGAGAAGCAGCGUUUCCAGUUCCCGCCAUCGUGGCUGUACAUCGACAACAUCGAGGGCGAGUGGGGUGCCUUCAGCGACAUCAUGAAGCGCAAGGACACGGCCAUCCAGCAGCAAGUGGCCAACUUGCAGAUGAAGAUCGUCCAGGAAGACAAAGCCGUGGAGGGUCGCACCAUCGAUCUCCUUGCGGACUGGGAGAAGACUAAACCGGUGGCUGGGGCCCUGCGUCCAGAGGAGGCCCUCCAGUCUCUCACCAUCUACGAGGGAAAGUUUGGCCGGCUGAAGGAUGAUCGGGAUAAGUGUUCCCGAGCCAAAGAGGCCUUGGAGCUGACAGACACUGGCCUGCUGAGCGGUAGCGAAGAGAGAGUUCAGGUGGCUCUGGAGGAGCUGCAGGACCUGAAGGGGGUGUGGUCAGAGCUGUCCAAGGUGUGGGAGCAGAUUGACCAGGCCAAGGAGCAGCCCUGGGUCUCUGUUCAACCACGCAAGCUGCGUCAGAGUUUAGACGGCCUGCUAAAUGAGCUGAAGAACUUCCCAGCUCGACUGAGGCAGUAUGCGUCCUACGAGCACGUCCAGAGGCUUCUCAAGAGUUACAUGAAGAUCAACAUGCUGGUGAUCGAGCUGAAGUCGGAGGCCCUGAAGGACCGCCACUGGAAGCAGUUGAUGAAGCGUCUGCACGUGAACUGGGUGCUGUCAGAGCUGACUCUGGGUCAGAUCUGGGACGUGGACCUGCAGAGGAACGAGAUGGUGGUGAGAGACGUGCUGCUGGUGGCCCAGGGAGAGAUGGCCCUGGAGGAGUUCCUCAAACAGAUCCGUGAGGUCUGGAACGCCUAUGAGCUGGACCUGAUCAACUACCAGAACAAGUGCCGUCUGAUCCGCGGCUGGGACGACCUCUUCAACAAGGUCAAGGAGCACAUCAACAGCGUGUCAGCCAUGAAGCUGUCACCUUACUACAAGGUGUUUGAGGAAGAUGCUAUGAGCUGGGAGGACAAGCUAAACCGGAUCAUGGCCUUGUUUGACGUUUGGAUCGAUGUCCAGCGCCGCUGGGUCUACCUGGAAGGAAUCUUCACUGGCAGUGCUGACAUCAAACACCUGUUGCCUGUGGAGACCCAGAGGUUCUCGAGCAUCAGCACAGAGUUCCUGGCUCUGAUGAAGAAGGUAACCAAGUCUCCUUUGGUGAUGGAUGUGCUGAACAUCCAGGGGGUGCAGAGGUCUCUGGAGAGGCUGGCUGACCUGCUGGGAAAGAUCCAGAAGGCUCUGGGAGAGUACCUGGAGAGGGAGAGGUCCUCAUUCCCCAGGUUCUACUUCGUUGGUGAUGAAGACUUACUGGAGAUCAUCGGAAACAGCAAGAACGUUGCCAAGCUGCAGAAGCACUUCAAGAAGAUGUUCGCUGGCGUCUCCAGCAUCCUGCUGAACGAGGAAAACACGGUGGUGCUGGGCAUCUCAUCCCGUGAGGGCGAGGAGAUCUUCUACAAGACCCCCGUGGACCUCCUAGAGCACCCCAAGAUCAACGACUGGCUGACCCUGGUGGAGAAGGAGAUGCGGGUCACGCUGGCCAAGCUGCUGGCCGAGUCGGUCACAGAGGUGGGCGCGUUCAACAAGGGCAACUCCAUCGAACUCGAUAAAUACAUCGAUUGGAUCGACCGAUACCAGGCUCAGCUGGUAGUGCUGUCUGCUCAGAUCGACUGGUCUGAGAAAGUGGAUGCCGCUCUGACCACCAUCUCGGGUGGCGGGGACAUGUCGCCCAUGUCGAGCGUGCUGACCAAUGUGGAGGCCACCCUGAACGUGCUGGCCGACACCGUGCUGAUGGAGCAGCCUCCACUCCGCAGGAGGAAGCUGGAACACCUGAUCACUGAGCUGGUCCACCAGAGGGACGUGACCAGGCAACUGAUCAAAAACAAGGUCGACAACCCCAAGUCGUUUGAGUGGCUCAGCCAGAUGCGCUUCUACUUUGACCCCAAGCAGACGGACGUGCUGCAGCAGCUGUCCAUCCAGAUGGCCAACGCCAAGUUCAACUAUGGCUUUGAGUACCUAGGAGUCCAGGACAAGCUGGUCCAGACCCCGCUGACCGACCGCUGCUACCUGACCAUGACACAGGCCCUGGAGGCCAGGUUCGGUGGAGCUCCCUUUGGGCCCGCUGGAACUGGAAAGACCGAGUCUGUGAAGGCUCUGGGUCACCAGCUGGGACGCUUCGUCCUGGUCUUCAACUGUGACGAGACUUUCGACUUCCAGGCAAUGGGUCGUAUCUUCGUGGGCUUGUGCCAGGUGGGCGCCUGGGGCUGCUUUGACGAGUUCAAUCGUCUGGAGGAGAGGAUGCUGUCGGCCGUCUCACAGCAGGUCCAGUUCAUCCAGGUGGCCCUGAGGGAGCACAGCAACCCCAACCGAGACCGCAGUGCUCCUGUCACCUGCGAGCUGCUCAACAAGCAGGUGAAGGUGAGCCCCGACAUGGCCAUCUUCAUCACAAUGAACCCCGGCUACGCCGGCCGCUCAAACCUGCCCGACAAUCUGAAGAAGCUGUUCCGCUCCUUGGCCAUGACCAAGCCUGACCGCCAACUCAUCGCCCAGGUCAUGCUCUACUCACAGGGCUUCCGCACUGCGGAGAUCCUGGCCAAGAAGAUCGUGCCCUUCUUCAAGCUGUGCGACGAACAGCUGUCCUCCCAGAGUCACUACGACUUUGGCCUGCGAGCUCUCAAGAGCGUGCUGGUCAGCGCCGGCAACGUGAAGCGGGAGCGCAUCCAGAGGAUCAAGAAGGAUAAGCGUGAGCGCGGCGAGAACGUGGAUGAGAACGAGAUCGCGGAGAACCUCCCCGAACAGGAGAUCCUGAUCCAGAGUGUGUGUGAGACCAUGGUACCCAAGCUGGUGGCUGAGGACAUCCCCCUGCUGUUCAGCCUGCUGUCGGACGUCUUCCCCGGCGUCCAGUACAUGCGCGGCGAGAUGACGGCUCUGCGCGAAGAGCUCCGCAAGGUCUGCGCCGAGAUGUUCCUCACCUAUGGAGACGGAGACGACGUGGGCAGCAUGUGGGUUGAGAAGGUGCUCCAACUGUACCAGAUCACCCAGAUCAACCACGGCCUGAUGAUGGUGGGACCCUCUGGCAGUGGCAAGACCAUGGCCUGGAGGGUGCUGCUCAAAGCCCUGGAGCGCCUGGAGGGGAUGGAGGGUGUGGCCCACAUCAUCGACCCCAAGGCCAUCAGCAAGGAUCACCUGUACGGAACCCUAGACCCCAACACCCGUGAGUGGACCGAUGGGCUCUUCACGCAUGUGCUCAGGAAGAUCAUUGACAACGUGAGAGGAGAGUUGCAGAAACGGCAAUGGAUCAUCUUUGAUGGUGACGUGGACCCCGAGUGGGUAGAGAAUCUCAACUCUGUGCUGGACGACAACAAGUUGCUCACCUUGCCCAACGGAGAGCGUCUCAGCCUGCCGCCAAACGUGCGCAUCAUGUUUGAGGUGCAGGAUCUGAAGUAUGCCACCCUGGCCACUGUGUCACGUUGUGGCAUGGUCUGGUUCAGCGAAGAUGUGCUCAGCACUGACAUGAUCUUCAACCACUUCCUGGCACGUCUGCGCAGCAUCCCAUUGGACGAGGGCGAAGAUGAGGCUUUCCGCAUGCACAAGGGCACCGAGGACGAGGGCGAGGAGACCGCCUCCCCCAUGCUGCAGAUCCAGAGGGACACAGCGGCCAUCCUGCAGCCCUACUUCACCUCCACUGGGCUGGUGAUCAAGACCCUGGAGCACGCCUCCAAGAUGGAGCACAUCAUGGAUUUCACGCGGCUGCGUUGUAUGGGUUCCCUGUUCUCCAUGCUACACCAGGCCUGCCGCAACGUGGCGCUCUACAACAACAACCACUCAGACUUCCCCAUGCCCAAUGACCAGCUGGAGCGCUACAUGCAGAGGUACUUGAUCUACGCCGUGCUGUGGUCCUUCUCAGGCGACGGCCGGCUGAAGAUACGUGGCGAGCUGGGUGAAUAUAUCCGCCGCAUCACCACUGUGCCCCUGCCUUCGGCGCCCAACGUGCCCAUCAUCGACUACGAGGUCACAAUCUCCGGCGAGUGGCAAUCGUGGCAGGGCAAGGUGCCACAGAUCGAAGUGGAGACCCACAAGGUGGCUAGCCCGGAUGUUGUGGUACCCACCCUGGACACGGUGCGCCACGAAGCCCUGCUCUACACCUGGCUGGCUGAGCACAAGCCCCUGGUCCUCUGCGGCCCGCCCGGCUCGGGUAAAACCAUGACCUUGUUCAGCGCCCUCCGAGCUCUGCCUGACAUGGAGGUUGUGGGUCUGAACUUCUCCAGUGCCACCACCCCGGAGCUCCUGCUAAAGACCUUCGAUCACUACUGCGAGUACCGUCGCACGCCCAACGGUGUUGUCCUGGCCCCCGUGCAGCUGGGCAAGUGGCUGGUGCUCUUUUGUGAUGAGAUCAACUUGCCUGACAUGGACAAGUAUGGUACCCAGAGGGUCAUCUCCUUCCUCAGACAGAUGGUGGAGCAUGGAGGCUUCUACCGUACCUCAGAUCAGACCUGGGUCAAGCUGGAGAGGAUCCAGUUUGUGGGAGCCUGUAACCCCCCCACCGACCCCGGCAGGAAGCCCCUCACCCACAGGUUCCUGCGCCAUGUGCCAGUGGUGUACGUGGACUACCCCGGCCCCGCCUCCCUCACUCAGAUCUACGGCACCUUCAACCGGGCCAUGCUGCGUCUCAUCCCCUCGCUGCGUACCUUCGCUGAGCCACUCACCGCCGCCAUGGUGGAGUUCUACACCAUGUCUCAGGAACGCUUCACCCAAGACACCCAGCCCCACUACAUCUACUCUCCCCGCGAGAUGUCCCGCUGGGUGAGGGGCAUCUUCGAGGCCCUGCGGCCCCUGGAGACACUCCCUGUGGAGGGUCUCAUCCGCAUCUGGGCCCAUGAGGCUCUGCGCCUCUUCCAGGACAGAUUGGUGGAGGAUGAGGAGAGGCGCUGGACAGACGAAAACAUUGACAUGGUGGCCCUCAAGCACUUCCCCAACAUUGACCGUGAAAAGGCCCUCAACAGGCCUAUCCUCUACAGCAACUGGCUCUCUAAGGAUUAUAUCCCAGUGGAACAGGAGGAGCUGCGAGACUACGUCAAGGCCCGUCUGAGGGUCUUCUACGAGGAGGAGCUGGACGUGCCACUGGUGCUCUUCAACGAGGUUCUGGACCAUGUCCUCAGAAUCGACCGAAUCUUCCGACAACCCCAGGGUCAUCUCCUCCUGAUUGGAGUCAGUGGAGCAGGAAAGACCACCCUGUCCCGUUUUGUGGCCUGGAUGAAUGGCCUGAGUGUCUAUCAGAUCAAGGUCCACAGGAGAUACACGGGUGACGACUUUGACGAGGACCUGCGGACGGUGCUGCGUCGCUCCGGCUGCAAGAACGAGAAGAUCGCCUUCAUCAUGGACGAGUCCAACGUCCUGGACUCUGGCUUCCUGGAGCGCAUGAACACUCUGCUGGCCAACGGAGAGGUGCCAGGUCUGUUUGAGGGUGACGAGUACGCCGCCCUGAUGACCCAGUGUAAGGAGGGCGCCCAGAAGGAGGGCAUGAUGCUGGACACUCAUGAGGAGCUCUACAAGUGGUUUACCAGCCAGGUCAUCAGAAACCUACAUGUGGUCUUCACCAUGAACCCCUCAUCUGAGGGCCUGAAGGACCGCGCUGCCACCUCCCCUGCCCUCUUCAACAGGUGUGUGUUGAAUUGGUUUGGAGACUGGUCAACUGAGGCCCUCUACCAAGUGGGCAAAGAGUUCACCAUCAAACUGGACUUGGAGAAACCCAACUACAAGGUGCCUGACUACAUGCCGGUGGUGUACGACAAGCUGCCCCAGCCACCAUCUCACCGUGAGGCCAUCGUCAACGGCUGCGUGUUUGUCCACCAGACACUGCACCAGGCUAACAGCCGGCUGUCCAAGCGUGGCGGGCGCACCAUGGCUAUCACCCCGCGCCACUACCUGGACUUCAUCAACCACUACGCCGACCUGUUCAACGAGAAGCGCAGCGAGCUGGAGGAGCAGCAGAUGCAUCUCAACGUGGGCCUGAGGAAAAUCAAGGAGACCGUGGACCAGGUGGAGGAGCUGCGUCACGACCUGAGGAUCAAGAGCCAGGAGCUGGAGGUGAAGAACGCGGAUGCCAACGACAAGCUGAAAAAGAUGGUCAAAGACCAGCAGGAGGCGGAGAAGAAGAAGGUGAUGAGUCAGGAAAUCCAGGAGUCUGUGUACAAGCAACAGGAGAAGAUCAAAGACAAACAGCUGAGUGUCAAGGUAGACCUGGAUCAGGUGGAGCCCGCUGUUAUUGAGGCCCAGAAUGCCGUCAGCUCUAUUAAGCGUCACCAUCUUGUUGAAGUGCGUGCCAUGACCAACCCCCCUCCCACGGUUAAGCUGGCCUUAGAGUCUAUCUGCUUACUGCUGGGCGAGGAGACUAAUGACUGGAAAAAGAUCAGACAAGUUAUUGUCAGGGACAAUUUCAUCACCAACAUAGUCAACUUUGUCUCAGAGGACAUGAGUGAGUCAAUCCGUGAGAAGAUGAAGAAGAAUUACAUGUCCAACCCCAACUUCAACUACGAGAUGGUCAACAGGGCCUCCCUGGCCUGUGGCCCCAUGGUCAAAUGGGCCAUCGCUCAGCUGAACUACGCUGACAUGUUAAAGCGAGUGGAGCCGCUGAGGAACGAGCUGCAGAAGCUGGAGGACGAUGCCAUGGACAACAAGUCCAAGGCAGAGGAGGUGGAGCAGAUGAUCCACGACCUGGAGUCCAGCAUCGCCCGUUACAAGGAGGAGUACGCCGUGCUAAUCUCUGAGGCCCAGGCCAUUAAGGCAGAUCUGGCCGCCGUCGAGGCGAAGGUGAACCGCAGCACAGCCCUGCUCAAGAGCCUGUCUGCCGAGAGCGAGCGCUGGGAGAAGUCCAGCGAGACGUUCAAGAACCAGAUGGCUACCAUCGCCGGGGACUGCCUGCUGUCCGCAGCCUUCAUCGCCUAUGCGGGCUACUUCGAGCAGCAGAUGAGGCAGAACCUCUUCACUACCUGGUCGCACCACCUGCAGCAGGCUAACAUCCAGUUCCGCACGGACAUCGCCAGGACUGAGUACCUGUCCAAUGCGGACGAGAGGCUGCGCUGGCAGGCGAACUCCCUCCCGGCGGACGACCUCUGCACAGAGAACGCCAUCAUGCUCAAGAGGUUCAACAGGUAUCCACUGAUCAUCGACCCGUCCGGCCAGGCCACAGAGUUCAUCAUGAACGAGUACAAGGACCGCAAGAUCACCAGGACCAGCUUCCUGGACGACGCCUUCCGGAAGAACCUGGAGAGCGCCCUGCGUUUCGGAAACCCUCUGCUUGUGCAGGAUGUAGAGAGCUACGACCCCAUCCUGAACCCGGUGCUCAACAGAGAGGUGCGCAGGACCGGCGGACGCGUGCUCAUCACCCUUGGCGACCAGGACAUUGACUUGUCGCCAUCCUUCGUCAUCUUCCUCUCCACACGCGACCCCACAGUGGAGUUCCCUCCAGACCUGUGUUCUCGUGUGACCUUUGUCAACUUCACAGUGACACGCAGCAGUCUGCAGAGCCAGUGUCUCAACGAGGUGCUUAAGGCCGAGAGGCCCGACGUGGACGAGAAGCGUUCCGACCUCCUCAAACUGCAAGGUGAGUUCCAGGUGCGUCUGCGCCAACUGGAGAAGUCCCUGCUGCAGGCCCUGAACGAGGUCAAGGGUCGUAUCCUGGACGACGACACCAUCAUCACCACCCUGGAGAACCUGAAGAAGGAGGCGGCGGAGGUGACCAGGAAGGUGGAGGAGACUGACAUAGUGAUGGCUGAGGUGGAGGCAGUGUCGCAGCAGUACCUGUCCCUCUCUUCGGCCUGCAGCUCCAUCUACUUCACCAUGGAGGCCCUGAACCAGAUGCACUUCCUGUACCAGUACUCGCUGCACUUCUUCCUGGAUAUCUACCACACGGUGCUGUACGAGAACGCUAACCUCAAGAGUGUUAGCGACCACACCCAGCGCCUCACCCACAUCACCAAGGACCUCUUUCAGGGGGCGUUCAACAGAGUGGCCAGAGGCAUGUGUAACCAGGAUCACAUCACCUUCGCCAUGCUCUUAGCCAGGAUCAACCUGAAAGGCAUGACAAGCGAGCCGUCCUACGACGCAGAGUUCCAGCACUUCCUGCGUGGUGCGGAGAUGGUGCUGAAGGGUACAGCGGUGCCCAAGGUGAAGGGCCUGACCACGGAGCAGUGUGAGGCCAUGAUCAUUCUCAGCCGUCUCCCCGCCUUCAAGGACCUGGUCUCCAAGGUGGAAGCUGAUGAGCAAUUCUUCAUGUGGAUUGAGAGCAACUCCCCUGAGCUGUCCGUGCCCUACCUGUGGACAGAGGAGAAACAGUCAACCUCCAUCGGUCAGGCAGUGCACCAGCUGCUCCUGAUCCAAGCCUUCCGUCCGGACCGCAUGCUGGCCAUGGCCCACAUCUUUGUAUCUAAGGUCCUGGGAGACACCUUCAUGGCCAUCAUCGAGCAGCCCCUUGACCUGGGCAACAUUGUGGAGAGCGAGGUGAAACCCAGUACCCCUGUUCUGAUGUGCUCCGUACCCGGGUACGAUGCCAGCGGCCUGGUCCGGGACCUGGCAGCUGAGGAAAACAAACACAUCACCUCCAUCUCCAUUGGUUCUGCUGAGGGCUUCAACAAGGCCGACCGCGACAUCAACACCGCUGUCAAGUCCGGCAGGUGGGUGAUGCUGGAGAACGUGCACCUGGCUCCUGGUUGGCUGAUGCAGCUGGAGAAGAAGCUCCACUCCAUGCAGCCCCACGCCAGCUUCCGUCUCUUCCUCACCAUGGAGAUCAACCCCAAGGUGCCAGUGAACCUGCUGCGUGCUGGACGUAUCUUUGUGUUUGAACCUCCUCCUGGUGUCAAGGCCAACAUGCUGAGGACCUUCAGCAGCAUCCCUGUGGCUCGCAUGUGCAAGGCACCCAACGAGCGUGCCCGCCUCUACUUCCUGUUGGCCUGGUUCCACGCCGUCAUCCAGGAGCGUCUGCGCUAUGCCCCGCUGGGCUGGUCCAAGAAGUACGAGUUUGGAGAGUCGGACCUGCGCUCGGCCUGCGACACCGUGGACACCUGGCUGGACGACACCGCUAAGGGCCGUCAGAACAUCUCCCCUGACAAGAUCCCCUGGGCAGCCCUGAAGACCCUGAUGGCCCAGUCCAUCUACGGCGGCCGCAUCGACAACGAGUUUGACCAGCGCCUGCUCAACACCUUCCUGGAUCGCAUCUUCACCACGGGCAGCUUCGACUCAGAGUUCAAGCUGGCCUUCAAGGUGGACGGUCACAAGGACAUCAAGAUGCCCGAUGGCAUCCGGCGUGAGGAGUUCAUGCACUGGGUGGAGAUGCUGCCAGACACCCAGACACCGUCCUGGCUGGGCCUGCCUAGCAACGCUGAGAAGGUCCUGCUCACCACUCAGGGCACUGACAUGAUGGGUAAGAUGCUGAAAAUGCAGAUGUUGGAGGAUGAGGAUGAUCUGGCCUACGAAAAGGAGACUAAGCGCGAGCGCACGGCGUCCACCUCUGCUGAAGCCCAGCCCGCAUGGAUGCGCACGCUGCUCACCACCGCCACCAACUGGCUGACGCUCAUCCCGCAGGUGGUCAACCACCUGAAGCGCACCGUGGAGAACAUUAAGGAUCCUCUGUUCCGCUUCUUUGAGCGUGAGGUGAAGAUGGGCGCCCGCAUGCUGCAGGAAGUGCGUCAGGACCUGACUGAUGUGGUGCAGGUGUGCGAGGGCAAGAAGAAACAGACCAACGACCUGCGCACCCUCAUCAACGACCUCGUCAAAGGUAUCCUGCCUCGUAGCUGGUGUCGCUACACCGUGCCUGCGUCCAUGACUGUUAUCCAGUGGGUGGCCGACUUCAGCGAGCGUGUCAAACAGCUGCAGGCCAUCUCCCAGGGAGCCGCCAGCGGGGGCGCUAAGGAGCUCAAGAACAUCCAUGUGUGCCUAGGCAGCCUGUUUGUCCCUGAGGCCUACAUCACGGCCACUCGUCAGUACGUGGCCCAGGCCAACAGCUGGUCCCUGGAGGAGCUGUGUCUGGAGGUCAACGUCACCACCGCCCAGGGGGCCGCGCUUGAUGCCUGCAGCUUCGGCAUCAAAGGUCUGAAGCUGCAGGGAGCCACCCACGGCAACAACAAGCUGUCUCUCUCCAAUGACAUCUCCACGGAGUUGCCACUGACUCAGCUGCGUUGGGUGAAGCAAUUGAGCGCCGAGAAGAAGCACAUGGUCACUCUCCCGGUAUAUCUGAACUUCACCAGAGCUGAUCUCAUCUUCACCGUGGACUUUGACAUCGCCACCAAGGAAGACCCUCACAACUUCUACGAGCGUGGAGUGGCAGUGCUCUGCACAGAGUAGACUCUGGAAAUUAUUUUAUUCAUCAUUCCUAUUAAUCACUUAUUCCUAGUGUAGUCCACAGGGUAAUGUAGUCAAGUAACUAGUUGGAGAAGUAACAUUAAGUCAUUGGUAAGUGGAAGAAAGUCUUGAGUAAUGUGGUCAGUUGGAUUGUGAAAGGGAAGUUGGAAAGAGGUAACAAUUUUUAUGAAGGAUUCUGUAUGUUAUGAUGGCGUAAAUGACAUGGAAAAUAAAGUAUCAAUGGUUUAACAUGGCUAA